GUUUGGACUCAUUUUAGCAACUUUUAAUUAAUGGCUAUUUAAGUCAUUAUCCUGUAUAUAGCGCGCGAUAUCCCGAUAAAGAAAAUCCGGAGUUGAAUGUUCUUACUCUACUUGUUUAGGGUUGACAAGAAAUGUCAAUAAUACAAAGGAGAGGUUCAAGUAAUGGAAUAGAUGACAAAGAGGAGAUCUCUUCUUACGAAUGGACUCAAGACAAAGAACUUCAUUUAAAGAAGUAUGUUGAAGAAUAUAGUAAUGCAGUUAUAGAUUUAAGUCAAUUCUAUCAGCGAAUAGAUUGGGUAUAUUUACUGAGAAUAUUGGAGUUCCCUGAUGUGGACUUUCUAAAGUUAAAGGUUGAUGAAUUAUAUGAUAGUAAGUAUCCAUACUUGUAUGAGAAUGAGUUGGAUGUUAAACGAGUAGCAGGUUACUGGAAGAAUAAAAAGACAACCCUCUAUAGAGAAGUGAAUGAUAUAAUAGUAUCACUUCAAUUAGAGAGCUUUAAAACCGAAAGAGAUAUCGUAGCACCUGCUCCACCACAAGUACCACAAGUACCUCAAUCACUGAAUGAUGUAGGAUCGUCUUAUAUUAGUAAAGUAGAAGUGCCAUUAACUACUAAGAUGGAAAUGCCCAAGAUGACGAAAACUCAGAGACGAAUGUCUUUGGACUUGAUGCAUUUAGGGGCCAAUACAUCACAUGAUAGUAUAGUGGGACUCAAGAGAGAUACUAGUCUUACUAAACCAGCAGUUAUAAGUACAACAUAUGUUAAUGCUAUAACCAAAGCUGAAAUAGCAGUAAGAAACAAAAACGGUAAUCAAAUGCCGCUAAUAAGUAAUAGAUUAAGAAAUGUUCUGCAACGUCUAGGCUUCCGAAAACCAUCAGAAUCCCUGAGGACUGUUUCAGCCCCAUUAAUUUCUUAUGCUGAGCCAGCCACCAGGACUACUCAAAGGAAGCAGACUCAACAAAAUCGAACUAAAAUGGAAAGAAGAGGUUCUUUAUUUGGAGAGAACCUCCCACAGUAUAUUAAGAAUCAAUUGAAGCAAGCUUAUGAAACAGAUAGUGAAUCAAAUCUGAAAGUGAGUCCAGUCCCCCCUACCGAAACUAUAAAAAGGGAUAGUAAUGAAGAUAAUGGCGUUAUUAUGAAAUCACCUUCAAGACUUCAGAAUUUACUAGCCAAUUCUCAAUCAUUGUAUGCUUAUUCUAGAGAUGUUUCUAGCAGCAGAUUCCAUAAUGGAAGUCAGACUCAUACCAACGAAUCAGAGACAACCGAUAGACAUUCAGAAUUUGAUGGAGAAGAAAAUGAUCGAGAGUAUAUUCUGCCCGAUCUGCUCACAAGAUAUAAUGGUAUUGAUGAUCAUGAAGAAGUUUUGAAAGAAAUAGAUGAUGGUGAUGAUGAUCUAGUACAAUUAGUAGUAAGUUUUGAUAAUUUACUGCGAGUAAAUGAAGGCGAAAAUGAGUCUUCAUUCCAUGAACGAGAGGAUGAUGAUUAUCUAUUUAAAGUAUAGCAUGAU